CGGAAUGCUCAAAUGACUGUGACUCCAGAAGAUGCGCUUUAUGGAUGGAAAUUUUCCAGAGAAACCAUUUCUCUUUAUCUGAAGGAUAUCCCGGCCCCUCAGGUGAAUUGGAUUACAUGUCAAAACACCCAGAGAUAUUCAGAGCACUGAAGGAACAGCAAGUCUGGGAUGCCAGUUAGGAAGCCAAUUUUGUGCACCUUACGUGCAAGCUGCCCUUUCAACAUCCAGGCGGAGAUGUAAGCCUGCCGGUUGCAUAUACAAGUCUGGCAUGGAAGGACAAAGUCAGGACUGAGAUAGAAAACCCAGGGUCAGCACACAGAUGAUUUUUAGCACCAUGAUGGUUCACCUAUGGAGUGAGUUCCAGAAGAGAAGAGACCUAAGGCUUGAGAUCCAGGAAACUCCGAUGUAUAGACUCAGAAGGGGUGAGGAGGAACGAGCAAAGGAGUAUGAGAAGAGCAGCCAUUGAGCCGAAGGAGAGAGCGGGGUCCAAUCAGCAGGGUGAAGUGUUUCUGGGAAGACGGUGUCAUUAACUGUGUCAAAUGCUGCAGACAAGUAGGAUGACAUCAAGUAAGAUGUGGAGGUCAUCGUUGGCAUCGGAGUCACAACCUUGGGACGCAUCAUCUAUAGAUAAUUAUUUGACAUGGAUGUUCUGGAAAGAUACAACAAGAUUCUUUUUGAAUAUCUUUUAAGAAGACAAGACAUACAUAUACAGAACAAAAUAUCGGAAUCGGAUUUAAAUUGAAGGUCAAGACAACAGCAAGCGAACAGAGACCCCAGUUUCCAAAGAAGAAGCUUUGCUCCUGAUGAACAAGAACAUAGAUGUUUUGGAGAACGCAGUUCAACUGGCAGCCAGGCAGGGUGCACAUAUCAUUGUUACCCCAGAAGAUGGAAUUUAUGGCUGGGUUUUCACAAGAGAGACCAUUUACCCCUAUCUGGAAGAUAUCCCAGACCCAGAGGUGAACUGGAUUCCAUGUACAGAUCCCCAGAGGUUUGGCUACACCCCAGUGCAACAAAGGCUCAGCUGCCUGGCCAAGGACAACUCCAUCUACGUUGUGGCAAAUAUUGGGGACAAGAAGCCAUGCAAUGCCAGUGACCCUCAGUGUCCCCCCGAUGGCCGUUACCAGUACAACACUGAUGUGGUGUUUGAUUCUGAGGGUAGGCUGGUGGCACGCUACCAUAAGUACAAUCUUUUUGCGCCUGAAAUUCAAUUUGAUUUCCCCAAGGAUUCAGAAUCUGUGACUUUUGAGACUCCUUUUGGGAAGUUUGGCAUUUUCACUUGCUUUGACAUUUUUUCUCACACCCCAGCUGUGGUGGUGGUGGAUGAGUUUCAAGUGGACAGUGUUCUCUACCCGGUGGCGUGGUACAACACGCUGCCCCUUCUGUCGGCUGUUCCCUUCCACUCUGCAUGGGCCAGAGCCAUGAGAGUCAACUUGCUUGCUGCGAAUACCCACAACACCAGCAUGCACAUGACAGGGAGUGGAAUCUAUGCACCGGAAGCAGUCAAAGUGUAUCACUAUGACAUGGAAACAGAGAGUGGCCAGCUGAUGCUGUCCGAACUGAAGUCCCGGCCGCGAAGUGAACCCACCUAUCCUGCAGCUGUUGACUGGAGUGCUUACGCCAGAAGUGUCAAGCCAUUCUUGUCUGAACAGUCAAAUUUUCCGGGGAUGAUUUAUUUUGAUGAGCUCACCUUCAUUGAGCUUAAGAGAAACACAGGAAAUUACACCGUUUGCCAGAAAGACCUGUGCUGUCACUUAACUUACAAGAUGUCGGAGAAACGAACAGAUGAGGUUUACGCACUAGGUGCUUUUGAUGGACUGCACACAGUAGAAGGUCAAUAUUACCUACAGAUAUGCACAUUACUGAAGUGUCAAAUCAGUGACCUGAGAACUUGUGGGGAGCCCGUGGGGUCAGCUUUCACCAAGUUGGAAGAAUUCUCCCUCAGCGGCACAUUUGCAACACGUUAUGUUUUCCCACAGAUCAUUCUCAGUGGAAGUCAGCUUGCUCCUGAAAGGCAUUAUGAGGUCUUGAGAGACGGACGUCUGAGGAGCCGAAGCAGAACCCCUCUGCCUGUCUUAGUUUUGGCCCUGUACGGAAGAGUGUUUGACAAAGACCCUCCGCGCUUGGGGCAAGGACCCCGGAGAUUUGAAUGAUCCCUUUCCACUGGCACACUUUCAGGAUUACCCUGGCAAAGAAAGGGAGAGGGGGAAAAAAAAAAAAAAGCUGCAUGUCUGUGUAGAAGAGAUGUCGCAAAUUGGCCGGAACAACAAACUUAAAACGUGAAAAGCAGUGGAUGGGUUUUAUAUGUUUUCCAUUUUCCGCAUUUGAUAUAAUAGCACCAACUCAUUUAUGGGAGCUGCAUGUGGGAACCGUGUAGGUGCGAUGUAAGUAUAUGUGAGUAUAUGUGUGUGUAGCAGAACAUGCAGUUAAAUGGAGGGGGACUUAGAAAACUCCUUUUGUGUUAACUACUCUGAUAUAUGUGAAUGUUUGUCUAUCAUUUGUAAAUACACAGGGGGCACCUUAAGUAUGCAGAGGGCUUUUGAUCCUCUUUGAUUACGAUAUAGGAAGUAAAAAAAACAAGGGCAUCUCCUAAAGUAAUUAUGAGCAACUUUUCAAAACUUUUUGAGUAACUUGUUAACUGAUUAAAAUUCUUCUAUUAUACAAAAAUAAAUAAAUGUUAAAAAAAAUUU